AUGACGAGCCGUCGGUUUCGACGAGCCGUCCCCAGGAUCCCGUUCCUGAUGAAGGCAUUAAUCGCGCCGCAUUUUAAGGCCGAGGAGGAGGCAUUUCUCUUUGACCUUUUCGAGGCGAAGCGUGAAUUGGAGCGUCUCAUGGCGUCCCGAGGCGCUUCCACAUCCGGGCGAGGGCCACGAGUUAAGAGACAAAAACCUGACCCGCCUGGCUCUACGCUUUGCUCCCUUGAGUCGCUCGAGGCGUUGAGGCAUCGCUUCGGGAUAUCCGAGGCGGUGGAGUUCGUCGUUCCAGAGAAGAGUGACCGAGCCGACAAGCCUCCAGAGAAUGAUUUCACUCUGUACGAGGCGUUCUUCGAGCUUUGCUUCCUCUGGUUCCCGAUCCCCGGAGUGAUCCUUGAAUAUCUCUGGAAACACGGGAUCUCGAUUGGGCAAAUCAUGCCGAGGAGAUUACGGCAUAUGAUUGGCAUCUUAGUUCGAAGCUUCGAAUCCGGACUUGAUAUCGAGCUGAAUCACCUGCUGAACUUGCUGGAAAUCAGGAAAGCUCCGAAAGGAAAUAGAUUCUAUAUUUCCAACAAGGUGAAGCGACGGAUCAUCGGCGGUUUUCCCAGCAAGGAUCAGUUUUGGACUGAACGCUUCUUCUACGUCUUGGUGAACGAGGCGUCGGUCGACGAGGAUUACGUUCAAAGAACCAAGACCGCUUGGGGACCACUUGGUAGCCGACCCGAAGCUUUGCCUCGGCUCGGAACUGUUUUUUGUUCGGUGAAUUCUUCCCCCAUUCCCGACGACCUCUUUACUGUUCAAGACUCUCUUUCGGCGCGGAAGGUUAAUUGGAGGAAGAAUUUCACCCUCGAAAGAGUGGAAAAAGCGCGAGCCAUCCUUGCCGGAGUCCCGAUAAAGGAAGAGGCCACGAGGCGAGCUGCCGAGGCGGCUCAAGCGCAGACCGAGGCGGUUCCAGCACAAACUGAGGCCGUCCCUCAACCCGACCCGCCCAGCCGGGAAGGAGACGAAAUGGUCCGAGCCGGAGAAGGCAACACUGCCGAGGCGGUCAAGAGAGACGCAGCGCCCGAGGUGGAACCGGGCGAAAUUAUUCCCGAGGCGUCCGGGGAUGAUUCGGCGGUGCGGAGCAAAACUCCUUCGAACUCUGCCAUUUUAGCCCUCCCGAAGUCGACGAGGCCCCCGACUUCAGUCGUUCAGAAACAUGACCCGAGCCAAAAACGUUCGGCCGCUGACAAAGGGAAGGGCGUUGCCGUUCAGAAGGACGAGCCGUCUAAGAAGAGGCGGAAGCCGACGCCCGGAGACCCCACCGCGCGCAAGUUGGUCGUCGACGACCCCAACGCCUCUGCCGUCAUGUUCUCGCGUGUAAAUAACGCGAACACGCGUCUUCCUCCUCCGGAGAAGUUGAGGAGGCCCGAGUUUGUCGCGGCCAUUAACGACCUGAUGGCCGAGUACGAGGCGGACCUGUCUGAGGUCGAACGUCGCUUGACCGAGGCCCGAACUGAGACCGCGGCGUCAAAGGCGAAGCUGGAAGAGGUUCAGAACGAAGCCGCGACGGCAAAGGGGAAACUGGACGAAGCCGCGACGGCAAAGGUGGAGGAGGGUUUGACCAAGCUCGAGAAGGCCAAAAAUGACAAGAACGAUCUGGGGAAAAUCAAGGGCAACCUUGCGAUGAUUGCCGUCCUGAAGAAACCAGACGCCCCGACGCUCGAUGAUGAGGAGGCGCAGCUAAAGAGCUGGGAGAGCGAAUAUGCUGAUGACGACGCGUAUGAGCGUAUUGCCUCCGAGAUCCAAGGCGAGCUGGUUUUCUCGUCCGUAUCGCCGGAUUGGAUUCGGUCGACACCAGCCUUGGUAACGAGCCGCUCGAAGAGACAGCGGCCAACUUAG